CCGGCGAGGAGACAAGAACGAUAUAAUUUCUCAGGAGUAGAACCUAAUCGUCCUGUCUGAAUUUCAAGGAUGAAGAACAAAAUAGUGAAGGCAAACGCAGGUGCGCUUACGAACUUUGAAGUUAUUGAGUUGCUUAACUCAAGAGGUGCAUCUAAGGAUACUUCUACAAGAGUUAUGGGUCUUAAGGAUAAAGUUUCUAAAUCAGAGUACAAGGUUUAUGAUUAUUUGAUGGAGACUGCUGCUUCCACUCAAACACGUGAGAGUGUUACUACAUUCUCUGACAAGUGCAAAGACUUCAAGCUAGCCAAAGCUGAGAUUCUCAAUAUCAUUAAUCUUAGACCAUCUUCUGAUGUUGAAUUGACUCCGAUUUUGGAGAAGCCUGAUGAACGGGGAAUCGAUAUAGAGGGGAUACUAGAGCUUGUGAAUGAGUUGCUACCGCCUCUUCCUACAGUUGAAACUCUUGAAGAAACAGAACAAGAGGAAACAGAGAACGUUGAACAAGAGGAAACUGCAGUUUGAUUUUUUUGAGUUGAUAUCUUUACUUAAAAGAACAUAAGUUUUCAGUUUGUAAAAGCAUCACUUUGAGACAUUAUAUGAAGUCUUCAAGAUUCAGGUGCAAAAGUGUUGUUAUAUUUAUAAGCAACCAAAUACUUUGGGUUUCUUUAACUUAGAUCACUCUCUAGUCUCUAGCAAUGUACUAAGAUCAAUUUCUUUUGAACUUUAUUUUCAAGGCCAAACAAAUCUUGGAGAAACCA